AUGUCAGAAGGACUCAAAAUUUGUUAAAAUGUUCUCUUAAAUAAGAAAAUGAUCAACUUUAAUAUUGUGUUUGUACUCUUCCAAUCCCAUCAAAUAUAGCAAUUCCUCUAUUACCUUGUGAAUUACCUAAUAAUUUUAAGCUUUUUCAAUCAAAUGAAAUAUUUUCAUAAUUAGAAAUUGUAUAUGUAAUUUUGAUUUCUCUCAGAAAAUAAUGGAUAUUGAAGUAGAAGAAAACCAUUAAUUGAUGAGGACAAUUUGUUGUCCUAGUUUGAGACCUUUAAAUAAAUACAUCAAGAAAUUUUUAUAAUUACAUUCCAAAAUUAGCAGAAAGAAAAUUUACAAUUUUUUUAAUUUAGAAAAAUGA